AUGACGUCAACCGCACCUCAGUAGAAGAAACUACAAGACAUCAAGCCGAAAGUGAAAACUGGAGGGCAGAAAGGAUGAUCCGACUCACCGCUAGUAACUUUGGUCGUGUAUGCAAAAUGCGUCGCAAUACUAUUUGCAAAAAUAUAGUGCAUUCAAUCUUAUAUCUAACAUUCAAUAGCAAGUCUGUCCAGUAUGGUAGGGAUAUGGAAGACGAGGCAAAAACAAAAUUUGAAGAAAAGUUCGGUUACAAAAUAAAAAAAUGUGGUCUUUUGAUUGAUACGCAAAUUCCAUAUUUAGCUGCUAGUCCAGAUGGAAUUAUUGAUGAUACUGCUAUCGUUGAAAUUAAAUGUCCUUAUGCUGCAAAAGACACGGAAAAUUAG